UCACUCCGAGGCGUUCCGGAACAGCUUAUUCUUGAAAGAAAUUGCUGGGAGCUGUUCUGCAUGAACAGUUCAAUGUAGCAAAAAAAAAUAGAGUUUAAACUAAUGCUGCACCUGAAUGUGGACUCUGGUCUAAUUUUAGUUCAGGGAUAACAAUAAUGCUGCUUGCAUUCAGCUAGUAAAGCAAAAAUAUAAGAAAACAGGAUCACUGUGUUUAACUUUCACUGCAGUAAUACCUCAGUUGUUAAGUUGCUUCACAUAAAUGAUAUUGCACACCCGGUUUCAUAAAAAAGGGCUGUGGCUGUGCCUUUGCAGUCACAGCUGAGGUUGAAUCAUACAUCAAAGAACAGGAGAGAUGCACUGCUUCCCACUGCUGCCCCUCCAGCCUUCAAAGGCUGUAUUAUACGCUCCCUCCAGUGGAUGGAAUUAUUGCGUUCAUCUGUCUUUUUUCAGGGCAGAUUAGCAGUAUUUUCAAGAAGGAAUCUGGACACAGGGAGGACUUUGGACAUAUCAGACCCUGCUGGGAGUGGACAGGAAGGAAAUCCAUUUUCCUCUGGAACUCUUUGUAGGCCAACCUUAGUGUCAAAGACAAUGAGGAUGCUCUGAAUUAAUUUUAAAACUUAGAGAAUGAAGAGGCAUAAGUGUCCCUACAGAUGUCCCACAAGAAGGAAGAUUCUGAUUCUGUGUUUCACGGGGUGGGUGAUUGCACUCCUGAAACUCCUCCAUGUUGAAAGACACUUUUUUCCAUCUAAGGGCAUUUAUUUGGUUGAGCACUUCUUGAGCACUUCUUCUUAUGUUAGAAACAGGUAUUCCUAUCUUAAAAAUCACUUUCAGUAUGAAAUUAAUUGUUCAUCUAUAUACGAACAAGAUCCCCAAGAAAUUGGCAAGAGUUUAGAGAUAAGAAGAAAAGAUAUAAUUGAUUUAGAUGAUGAAGAUAUCAUAGCAAUGACGAAUGAUUGCCACACUUAUCGCACACUUAGGAAAUACCACCUAAAACCUGUUUCUCCAGAGGAAGAGAAUUUUCCAUUAGCCUAUUCUUUGGUUGUUCACAAAGAUGCAGUAAUGGUAGAAAGGCUCAUACAUUCACUGUACAGUCAUCAAAACAUAUACUGCAUCCAUUAUGACCAAAAAGCAACAAGAAGUUUCAAAUCUGCUAUGAACAAUCUAGCUAAAUGUUUCCCCAAUAUUUUCAUUGCAUCAAAACUGGAGACAGUGGACUACGCACAUAUUUCGAGGCUGCAAGCAGAUUUCAAUUGUUUGUCUGAUCUGAUGGACUCUACAGUUCCCUGGAAGUAUGUUAUUAACUUGUGUGGCCAAGAUUUCCCUUUGAGGUCAAAUUUCCAGUUGGUCGCUGAACUGAAGAAACUCAAUGGGGGAAAUAUGCUGGAAACUGUAAAGCCAAGCAGCAGCAAAAGAGAACGAUUUACUUAUCACUAUGAACUUAUGAAAGUGCCUUAUGAAUACAUGCAGAUGCCUGUGAAAACCAAUGUUUCCAAGAACCCGCCACCUCAUAGUAUUGAGGUAUUUGUAGGCAGUGCCUAUUUUGUUUUAAGUCGAGCAUUUAUUCAGUACACCCUCAGAAGCUCUCUUGCAAAAGAUUUUUUUGAUUGGUCAAGGGAUACCUACUCUCCAGAUGAACAUUUCUGGGCCACUCUUGUACGUGUUCCUGGGGUUCCUGGGGAAAUUUCGAGGUCAGCCCAGGAUAUCACAGACCUUCAGAGCAAAACUCGCUUGGUGAAAUGGAAUUAUCUUGAAGAACAUUUAUAUCCUCCAUGCACUGGUACCCACCUUCGCAGUGUCUGUAUCUAUGGGGCUGCAGAAUUACGAUGGCUUAUGAAUUAUGGGCAUUGGUUUGCCAAUAAGUUUGACUCCAAAGUAGACCCCGUCCUGAUAAAAUGUUUGGCAGAAAAACUGGCAGAGCAACAGAAAGAGUGGGUUUAUUUGUCCUCUGACGAAUAUUUUCUGCGUGUAGGUUCUGUGAAUGCCUCACUAUAGCAGUACCGUUCUCCCUGCUGUCAGUUUUGUGUUCUGCUGCAGCAUGGGGCCUGGAGUUCUGCCCUGACCUGCUGCAGGAGGCUGGCAGGAGAACUGCUCCUUCUGCAUAAGGUCCAGGGCUCUGGGGAAAUGUGUACCUGGCCACCUAUUUAUGAAAAGUCAUGUCUCUCUGGUUAACCAUUUUGUAACUCAUUACAACAAUACUCUUACUGUCCUUCGGGGUGAUUCUGGGAGGGUAAGGUUUGGUUUUGGAGACUCUGGCACUAUCCUAAUGGAAUAUUCCAGAAAUGUUUUA